AUGAACGCCUACCUAUACCAAUCCUCCCUCUCCUUCCACUCCAUGCCCGAACCCCCCUCCUCCAUGUCCUCCCGCUCUCCCUACUACCCCUACAACCAGUCCACCUACCACAACCGCGAUCUGGCCUUGCAAACCUACCUGGCCUUGCACUCCCAACACGAAUCCCUCGUCCAACACCUCGACGAACUCCGCCCCUCCAGCCCUUCCACCUCGCCCACGCGCUGCUCCGCGCCGCACGGCCGCUCCUCCCCCCUCCCUCGACAGCGCCAGCGCUCCAGAGGCGGGUUCGGUCCCGCCUCCGCCACCGCUUCUGCCUUCGGUAGUUCUUCCUCGCUUACCAGCUCGUUGGAUGACCAGACGCUUGCCGAGGUGGCGCUCGAAGAGGCCAAGCUGUGCGAUGUCAACGAGGGAAUCAAGCGCACGCUGACGGAGCUGCUGAAUUGCGAGGCGACGAGGGGAGAGGGGAACAGGCAGUUUCGGAGUUGGGUGCAGGGACGGUUGAUGGAGGCGGAGAGGGAGUUGAGGAGGGGGAGGAGGAGGAGGAGUGCGGGAUCUGCUUGCUCUGAGUAA